CGUAACCGAAAAGAAGAGGCUUUCAUAAAAACCUUUUCUUUUUUCUUUUGUUUUCCUCUUUCUUCACCCUUGCGCUGCCGUUCCGCUCGCCCAAAAAGCACCCCAAUCUUUCCGCUCGGAGAAAAAAAAAAGAGCGAUUCCUUUGCGCGCCUCGCGAUUCGUCGAGCUCGUCAUCCUCGUGAUCUUCCUCCUUCCUCCUCCUCCGGAGAAGCGUGGGGGCGCGCGUUUCUGCUCGCGCCUUCUUCUCGUUCUCAUCAUUUUUCCAAUUGGUGUAUAUAGCGGCGUACUCGGAGAGAUCGGAGAUCUGAUCUAGUAGGCGGCAGGGUGGGGGUCGACCCCGAGGGCUGCGAGAUGGGACCCGCCGCCGCUGACGACGCCGCUGCCGGCGAGGACCAGGCUUUGUCCGACCUUCGUGAAAAGCAUCAAUUUGACCUGGAGAGAUUAACGCUAACAUCGCAGCCACUCAGAACAUUGGCGUUAUUUGCAUUAGCCAUUGGACAGAGUAUAAAAAGCACAUGUUUAUGUGUUCUGAAAGAUAGUGCUCGGUUGAAGUUCUUGGUUCUUUUGGUUGCUUCUGCCUGUACUCCGCUCUUGUUAACUAACGGUCCACAUGAAAAGCAUGUUCAGGAGCUGCUUUGGUAUAUCAGAUUUGGAUUAUGGUGGGUCAUACUAGGGGUGGCUUCAUCCAUUGGGUUAGGCUCUGGUUUGCACACAUUUGUAUUGUAUUUAGGGCCUCAUAUUGCCCUUUUUACAAUCAAGGCAGUUCAUUGCGGUCGGACUGAUUUAAAGAGUGCUCCUUAUGAUACUAUUCUCCUUAAAAUGAGACCUUCAUGGUUGGAGAAAGACUGUCUAGAAUUUGGACCGCCAAUGUACCAGGAAACAAUUCCAUUUAGCAAAAUACUGCAUGAAGUUCACCUUGAAGCUGUUCUCUGGGGCAUUGGAACUGCACUUGGAGAACUUCCUCCAUAUUUCCUCUCGAGAGCAGCUAGCAUGUCAGGACGCAAACUAGAUGAGCUGGAAGAGUUGGAUGCUUCCGUUUCAGGAGAAGGUUUUCUAUCCUCAACUCUGCAUCGGGCUAAAAGAUGGCUUAUGUCUCACUCACAGUAUCUUAACUUCCCUACCAUCUUAUUACUUGCUUCGGUGCCAAACCCCCUCUUCGAUCUUGCUGGCAUUUUGUGUGGGCAAUUUAACAUCCCAUUCUGGAAGUUCUUUCUAGCAACUUUAAUUGGAAAGGCUGUUAUUAAGGUUUAUAUCCAGACAACAUUAGUAAUUACUCUCUGCAAUAACCAACUUCUUGAUUUGGUGGAGAAAAGAAUUAUGUGGGUAUUUGGCAAUGUUCCUAUGGUAUCAUCCGUCCUUCCCUCUUUAGUUGCCAAGUUGAAGACAGCCAAGAGCAAGUUUUUAUCAUCCAGUGUUGCUGCAUCAGCAUCAAGUGUUGUGAAGGAAACGAAGUGGAAUCUAUCAUUCUCUUUGAUCUGGAAUACCGUGGUGUGGCUUUUGAUCAUGAACUUCAUCGUUCAGAUAAUUACUUCUACAGCACAAAGUUAUCUCAAGAGACAACAAGAGCUAGAGAUCCGGAAGAAGUUGUCAGCGACGAUACAAACUGUUUCUGAAACUACUGGCUUAUCAAAUUAAUUCAGCCAGAUCAUUCUUUCUAAUAUACAAAUUUCACAUUCAUGCCAUCAAUUUCUUCCCACACCUGAGGAGGAUACAAUUGACUUGGCAAUUCCAAAUAUGGUUAAUUUAGAAGUUACAACGAGCUGGAAAACCGGUAUUCUUCAAGAAUUUACAUUGAUAUAGUUGUCACAUUGUACAGUCCUGCGCUUUCCAAAAAGAAAAAAAAAACAUUGUACAUAACCUGUCCCAUCAAGCCAUUACAGGAGAAUUAGGGCCCCUGCAUUAUUGUGGAGCGCUACUUAUUGCUGUACUUAAUUGAAAGGCACAAAAAGGAAAUGCAUGACUAGCUCUCCAAUGUAAUGCCUCCCCAGCUACAAUUUCUGGGGCCCAUUUGUACAUAGUAAAACCAAGGUAGUAUCAAUUACACAGGGAAUCAAAGCUAUUCAUGCCCCUGAUGCCCUCCUA